AUGGCGGCUUCGCAAGAUGUCGAAACUACCGAGGAGCCAUCAGACCCGAAGGAUAAAUCUUCGUACCAUUGUCAGUGUGUUCCCUUGUGUAACGGGGAUUCUAGAUAUCAUCCUGAAUUAAAGUUCCACCGCUUACCUGGCCGGCUGACUAGUAGUACCAGGGUGUGCUCAAGGCACUUCACUGAGCAAAAUUACAAUCCUCCCACUGAGUCUGGACGUCAGUUGCUAAAAAGAGAAGCGGUACCAUCAAAGUUCAACUGGUCAACCGAAUCUAAAUCGAGAAGAAGGAUUAUUCGACAUGUAGACAAGUAA